AUGAGUUUCAAACUGCCAUUGGCCAUAGGCUUGGUUGGCUUAUCCCUUCUGUGGACACCUGUGCUGCCUGUCGCAAACAGUCAGUGGCCGUUUUCUGAGGAAGCCUUGAUUUCGGCCGGUUUCCCCAAUAGUUUGGAGCCAUUAGGUCUCCUAAAUGCGAACGGUAAGCGUCCCGACGGCAUGUCUUUGACGUCUUGGCCCGGCGGCAAAAGACUUGUCUUGGAUGUCUCGUGUGUUACCUCCUUUCCGGCUAACGGAAAUACCGACCGCUUAAAACUCCAGGAAAUCAAUAACGUUCUGGGAAACCCCGGUCCCCUAUCUCUAAAGUUCUUAAAUCAAUUGGGUAGAAGAAUUGCAUUAAGGACAGGGGCCAACACCGUCUUGGACAUCCCCAAGGAAUAUCACUCUGUUUUGAGGGGCAAAAAUGGCCAGUCCGUCAUAUUGCUCGAAAAAGAAUGCAAAGGGGUCAAAAUCUCAAUCCCUGCCAGAAACUCCAAUUCCACUCUUGUCAAAAUAGACGGCAAUAAGGAAGGAGUUUCGUUAGCAUCCGCCAAAAUAAGGGAUAUAGUCGAUCAAUUGAGCAAACGUUCCCGUCGAAUCUUAUAUGUGUCUCGCGAAUUUCACCCUCUGAUUCGUGGCGCUGAGAGCGAUAGACUGUACUCAAUACAAUCCCAGGCUGAUGUCCGCGUUUACAUUCCUCCAGCGAAUGCGGCUCGAGAUGAAAUCGUGAUAUCUGGUUUGCGCGAAGAUGUUGAUUCUGUUUGCGAAAUUAUUAACUCCCUCUAUCAAGACAUGAUUAUCAGCUGCACUAAAUCAGAACUCAAAAUAGAUCGAUGCAAACACAAAUACAUAUGUGGAAACAGAGGAAGUUUCAUACAAAAUGUCCUUAGGAAAACUGGUGUUUUGAUACUUAUACCUACCGCUUCAAAUGCGAAUAGAACGCAUGCCAUGAUGAACGAAGAUGGAGAUGGAAAAAAUGACGUAAUAACCCUUUUUGGACCCACUAGAUUUCACCAUCAAGCUGCUCUUCUGGUUGAAAAUCAAGCGCAAAGUAUGAUUGAAGAAACCUUCGAGAUUCCUAAAUGGAUCCACAAGCAUUUGAAGAAUAAAGAAAACCUCAAAUGCGUAUUUGAUGCUCAUCCAGAUGUAAAUGUAGAUUUCAAACGUGAUUCUGUGUGCCUCGAGGGACCUCCCAACUCCGUGCAAAGCUGUUUCAUGCUGAUUGGGAAAAUGGUAAAGGCGGUUAAGGAAAAGUUCAGACUUCAGGAGAUUCCUGUCGAAUCAAAGAUACAUUCAUACAUUGUCGGCAAGAAUGGAUCUACGAUAAAUCGAAUAAAGCAAAUAUCCGGGGUGGAAAACAUAAAAGUCCCAGGCGAUAAAGGACCCGAAUUUGUUCAGAUCGAGGGAACUCCGGCUUCCAUAUCUAUUGCUAUUCAAGAGAUCAUGGAUAUCGUGAAUAAAAAGGAAAAUGAAUUAUCCGUUGAAAUUCCCAUGGAAUCGAGGUACAUGUCGCUCCUUAUAGGCUCAAAUGGCAAGAAAAUAAAAGAAUUGCGCGAUAGGUUUGCCGAAGAGGUAAUUAUAAGCCUCCCAGUCCGCAAAAAUUCCCUCGCACAGAAUGAGACAAAUGGGAGUAUGGAGGAACUCAUCAAAAUUAGGGGUUCCAAAUCGGCGGUCCAGGAAUGUGUUUCUCAGCUAGAAGAACUCAAGAAAUUUUUUGCUCAAUUUUCAUUUGUUGACGUGGUUUACUCACAUAAUUUUGCUCAGCUUGCACAAGCUUCCCAAAAUCGCUACAAACGACAUCUACGACAAUCAUACCCCACGCUCCAUUUCACUUUCCCUACAUCUGUUACCUUUGUAUAUGACAAUAUGACGCCUUCCACUUCCGCCGUUGAUUCACCUAAAAAAACUCGCACAUUGAAGAACGCCGAAAAACUUGACCACAGUUUGACAUUUUGUGGCAUUUUUAAUGUCCGGGCUCAUGAUCGGUCUCAAACCAACUAUUUUUUGUCAACUUACCCUGACGCUAUUGCAGAGAUUAGAGCUUCGUUCUCUCAAACAGAUAGGAAUCAACUAGACAAGAAUUGCCAAACGAAUUUUGAUGUUUGCCUCAAAUUCGCAUCUAGAAAUGAAACAGAUCAGGAUCUCAUAACUUUGAUUGGCAAGAAAGGAUCAGUUGACAAAGCUAAAAUUUACCUAAAAAAGGCUCUCUCGGAAAUAAGCGAGCGCAUAACUUUACUCCUCGAAGUAGAAGCCAGAUUUUGCCCGAUGAUUCUAGGAGUCAAAGGAAGUCGAUUGGUCAAAAUAUGUCAGGAUCACGAGGUAAAAAUACACAUACCUGAUAGGCGUAAAGAAAGGACUAAUGAGAACACAUCAUCAACAGACCAGUUAAAAUGCACGAUUGAGAUCACAGGCAUAAUGGAUCGAUGCCAAAUGGCGCGAGAAGCUAUACUGGAUUGCAUACCUAUGCAACACACCUUAACGUUAUCCAAAGACGUAUGGUCCAGUCUGAAUCGAUCUAACAUAAACUUGAACAAUCGAUUUAAAAGUGUCACUUUCAAAAUUAAGCAAGUCAGCCAAGCAAUUACGAGUGUAUCAACGAAUCAUUUAACGAUUAGCCUAAAUGGGCCGAGGGUUGAUGUUCAGAGGGCCAUCGAUUUUGUGACAGAAAAUCUUCAAUCCCUGGAACAUGUUCAAGUCAGUCAUUCUAUACUCCUUCAGGAAAACCAAGAAACGAUUGAAUUAGACGUUCCUUACCGUUUUAAGGGCCAGAUUAUAGGCAGGAGAGGCAUUGAAGUGAAUAGGAUAUGCGAGGCCCAUGGAGUUAGGAUCGUUUUCCCACCUCUUUCUGCUCUUAACAUCAGUGAUGCAGAUGUUAAUGGCCACAUUACAUCUUGCAAGGUCAAGAUAACUGGCACCAAAAAAAGUAUCGAAGCCGCUAAAGUUGAGUUGAUUGCUAAGAUCGAUCGAUUGGAAAGUUGUACCACUGAAACUAUAGAAAUACAUGCCUACCUCGUACCAAGAUAUAUAGGAUCGCAAGGGAAAAAUAUCAAAGACCUUAUGUCAAAAUUUCAAGUUGAUAUUAACAAUCGCCGCCCUUUUAAUAAUCAAACGGAGGGCGCUAUGGCAAUUUUUAUACUCAACGGUAAACCUGAAAACACACGCAGGGCAAAAGACCAUAUGCUAUAUUUGCAGGACAAAUUUCUAAAAGAGAUGCCUGCUGAAAGAGAAAACAAGAAUCAAUUUACGCUUAACCAACCCAAAGAUUAUAAUGCCUACCUUUUAGACAAUGAAUACACAAAUAUCGCUAAUGAAAUAUAAUCACUAAUAUUUCUUAGAAAAAUAUUGAAAUAUUUUUUUGCAAACAGUUGGUCUUAACAACUUUUUUAACCCAUUUUAUCAUAAUCUCUCCCAAAAAGUGAUAAAUUAUUUCUACCAAAAUCAUUGUUAUGUUAUUUAUUUAUAGACCUUAUUUUUUUAAUGAUUUAAAAAUAAGAUAUUUUAUACAAUUUUUUUUGGGUGCUAAACUAUACAUUAGCCUUGGAUUCAAUCAUUUAAAUAAGAUAAUGUUUUAAACAACCAUAUUCCUGCCAUUAUUUAAUAAUGGUU